CGGAGACAUUUCGCGCAUGGGCGCGCACCUGCGUGUAGCUUGAAGGUUGUUCUGCAAUGAGUUGCGAACGCUCCGUCGGCAGUUGCAAAGAAUGGCGCUAUUUCUGAGGAGGCAGGAAGAUGUCGCGAUUGCCAAACGAGAGUUGGCGACCUUUUAAUUUUGGCGAUCGCACCACCUUAACCACCUCCGCGCUGCCAGCUGUCGGACUAACAGAUAUAACAAUUUUGAAGGUGACUCGAUGCGCAUGCGCUAGUUUUAUCCCCAGUAAAAUCUGUGGGUGGCAUACCUGUACAACUGCAUGAGAAUCCGGUGUGAUUGUACUAUCUUUUUCAAAAUUAUUAUAUCUGUUAGUCCGACAGCUGGGGUCACAGAGGUUAUCUUUUUAAACUUUAAAUUCAGAUGGUGAAUAUACAGUGGAAUUACAAGUGCGGACGUGUUUUCCGUUUCUGAAUAUUUUUUGAAGCCGCCGAUUGCAUCACAAUCGGCAAUCGUUUUUGUGAUACACUUUUUGAUUUUCUCAUACACAAGUAGCCUUUAAAGUAUGUAUCGUCCUUACGUUUCGUUUGAGGGAUGGGUAUUAAAAAUGACGAACUGAACUGGUCAAAGUAGAGGUAUGGGAUGUUGUAGGUCGUGGGAGACGCGGGCGAAAGAGGAUCUGAAAAUAGACAAUGUUUCGACUAACGCGGAGAACGCUGUGAAGAAACCCGCUCUGGAUGCUGAGUUCUUCGAUGUUUAUAAAAAUACUAAUGGUGUCGUCAUCGUCAUUGAACCAAUUGAGCUGUCAACUGACUUAAAUGAACUGAAAGAUAAAGAGUAUUAUCGUACAAAAGUGAAGGGCAAAUUUUUAUAUGAAAAGGAAUUUUUGAUAGGACCUAAAAGCCUUAUUCUCAAUGGCGAAGCCAUUAAUGAAAAAGGAGGUGGAAUAUUUUCUCCUAAAGCAGGCUCAGGAUAUUACGUAAUUACGCCUUUCAGAUUGGAGGAUCGUGACAUUACUGUCAUGGUGAAUCGUGGAUGGAUUCCUAGAAGUGAUCGUUCAACGUUUAAAAUGGAAAAGAAGAUUACAGAUCCCAUAGAAAUUAUUGGCAUUAUCAGAGCAACAAAAAAGCGACCUCCAUUUGUACCUGACAAUGCUCCUGGGAAAGGUGUAUGGCAUUUCAGAGAUUUAGAUGCAAUGGCAACAGAAGCAUUACCUGUGUGCAUAGAAUUAUUAGCCGGAUCUGGCGCACCUCAAGGUCCGGUCGGAGGACAGACAAAAGUAACUUUAAGGAACGAACAUUCAAAUUAUAUGAUCACCUGGUAUUCGUUGUCUGCUACGAGCUACAUGUGAUUUCAACAAUUUGUACAAAAAUUACCUCUUCUUUAAAUGCAUAGAUGUUCACCCGAUAUACAUAUAAUGAUAUACAUACCGAAAAAAAUAUGUAAAAAAAGAAUGUAAAUAUAUGUACAUUGUCAUAAAAAAAUUUUUUAUUAUGAUUACACGUUAUAUUUUUUAUAUUUCAUUUUUUUACAUACAUCUUUAUGGAAAUGAAACAAUGUUGACUUAUGCGAAUCAACACGUACAAAACUGAAAAAAUAAAUGUAAUUUGUAGAAUUCUUUAUUCCAAUGUAAAUGUGACAACUGUAAAUGUAUUCUUUAUAUGAGAAAUAUCGUUUAAUUGUUUUCCUGAGGAAUAAAACUUAUUGUUAGAUCUU